AUGCCCGAAUCGACAGCCCAAUCCAGCAGCAUGCCAGAACCACCUCCGCACGUGCCCGACAGGACCGUCCCGUCCUCAAGCAGCAACGCAGACGCGGAAGAACUUCAACAAGGAUCGUGUCCAACAGCAGAUCCGAAAAACGGCCAGCAUGCCUCAGGCAGACCCUGGCCGCCCAGAUACGCGUCGUCAGCCGCCCCUGAACCCACUACUAGCGGUGCAACAAGCCAGUAUCCAGACACACACAACAGAAGCAUCAUAGCAGCUUCCGCGACUCUGGCCUAUCUUCAGAGCAAGUGCCGCAAGGAAAACUCCCCGAAUGAUUGUUCAGACCAGAGCACCAGCACCAAAGUCAGGGCGUUGACAAGUCUUUGUAGAGGCCUGCUACGGAAGCCCGGUGAGACGAUUGCUAUUUCUGCAGACGUUUUCCAAAACGAAAUUCUCUUGGCGGUGGCCCAUGAUGACAGCAGUCGUAUCCCUCUAGAGACGGGUACGAGUGAAGGGGAACGGCCUGAAAAAGUAUUCUACAUGUGUCCAGAGCUCUACACCCAUAUUCUUCUCCAGGCGAUUCCAGAACUGUGCAGCGACUGGCCCAGUCACAGAUGGACAACUCAUGCCCAAGAACAUCUCAUCAGGUUGCACAGCAUCAUCGCAGACAACUGGAAGAUGACGCCGGACGAAGACACCGAGGCAAUGCCGAAAUGGACCGGACACUCAGAAAAGCUUCAGUCUACGAUCGACUUCUAUCGCGAACACUCGGCUCAGAUACAAAAGGAACAUCCUCGGAUCCUAUUUGCGCUCCACACUAUUGAGUACGCAUUAUAUACCGUACAUCCUUUGCGGUUCUGUCUCUGGAGUCAAGUCGGAGGAACAUUUCUCGCACCAGAACUGAACAAGCUGGAGGAUCAGCACGAGAAGUGGUUUUCCGAUUGCGCCAUAGAUGCGACUCCAGCACAAGUCAGCCUCGACGAACUCAGCCAGAUCUGCGACCGUGUAUCUGAUCUCUGGCUGGCAACAGGCGGGACGCCGACCAGGGUCGACGCAGAUCCACACGAUGCAUUGGAGGCAGCACAGGAGACGCUCGAGCAGGGCCAAACCACAGAGAACAUCACUUCCUACUUUUACACAAUGGCGUUGAUGAUCCACUCAUCCAGGAAGGCUCUGGAACACCUUGUACACAUGUUUUCCUUGUGGGUCGAAAUUGGUGAAACCCACAAUGGACAUGUUUUGGACGAACUGGACACAAGGGUGGAGAUCACAUGGUGUUCUAUGGCACUGUACAGCGCACAAAUUACAUGGAACGAACUGAUGAAGUGUCCUUGGACCGUCGCAUGUGCCCUUCACCUACUCGCAGAGGAUCCCGACACUCCAGCACCACCCACGAAUGGUGGCCAAGGACGUGUGCCGGAAGAUCGAAUGGAUGUGGAAGAUGUAGAAGGCGAAGAUGAGGGAGAUAUCUAUCAGGCCUUGAACAGCGACCCAGCCAGGCCCCCAAGAUUCUCGUCAGUCUUCGUUGCAGUCGACAACACACAAGUGAGGGAUAUGCUAGAGGGUUGCUUCAGACUCGACGCUGUCAUGCGCCGACAGAACGAGGCGCAUGGGGUUAUAGAAGCCUUCACAGUUGGCAAGGCUGACAGCGAGAGCGACGAGAAACCCGUGCACAUCAGCUUUAUCUCCGAUAAGGACAACCACCAGAUCGACAAGACGGACGUGAUCGAAAUCAUCCGCGAGUAUUGGAAGAAAGAAGCUUCUGCCAACACUGACACACGUGCUCAGAAGGGAUUCGAUAUCCUCUCAGAGCUUGCGGACACAUCGGAACUGUCGCAGCACCACUUGCAAAUGAACUUGGGCCGCCCCAGAGUGCAUUGCGAAUGCGUCCUUGCGCAACACUGGAUAGCCAGACCACGGCGCGCGAACCAAGCAUUCCCAGUCAUCGGAGUAUCAAGCUAUGCAUGCGGCACCUGCAAAUUGUUCAUGGAAGCAGUCUUGGAACACGUCUGCGAACAAGCAGCACGCUGCAUGAAGCGAAUGAUACCUGGAGCAAGGGACGCAUUUUGCCUCUGCAUGGUGCCCGAGCAGUCGCCUCCCGAGGUCAAGAAGGCGGUUGCUGAUGCGUUGUUGCACAAACUGAGGACGCAGUUGAGGGAUGUCAAAAUUGCGACUUUCCUGGAGGGACAACUGGACGCAGCACGUGUGAACGCGGUUGACAGCAACAGCUGUCGACGGGGAUUUGAUGGACUCAACUCGCUGGAUGGCGUUACUGGGUCAUUCUCUGGCACACCUGAAGAUGAGGAACAGAUGACUGACAUCUAG